AUGACCGUAGUUUCGCCCAAGAAACCUUGGGGUAAAUGUGUGGAGGGGUUUUUCCGUUUUUCGGAUGUGGGGCCGUUCUUCCGGCGUUGCGGUGGUCUGGUGACGACAGCCAUUAAGCCAGACGGGAGGAAAAAUGAGCGCCGGGGGCACUCAGGCGUGACGCAUUCGGCGAAGACGUCGUCUGGCGCUGUGCCGUCGCAUGCGCACGCUUGGUUCCGAUCGUCGAUGUAUCUGUCGAUCGGGGCCGUGUUUCCUGUGGGUGUCGUCACUUUUUUUGUUUUGUCUCUGCUCUUCCUUCAACCCAGAGUUUCUCCUCAGUCCGUAUAUGGCGACGGGAUGAUUGACAGGCGCGCGACAGCCUCUAUAACCGUGGACGGCGGAUGGAGCAGCUGGUCAGCUUGGUCAACUUGCGGCCCCAAUUGCCUCAGUCAUCGGCGACGAACCUGUACGAACCCGAGGCCGCAAAACGGCGGUGCUUACUGCGUCGGCAAAGACGACAUCACUGACAACUGCACCGGGGGAAUGUGUCGAGUGGACGCAAACACUGCCAGGGGUGGGACAGUUUACGAGCCCCCUGAAAGAGACGAAGGCGUAAAAAAAAGCGGUAAUCCUAUUCGGCACGAAACGAUCCCGCGGGAAGGUUGCCAGAAAUUGGUGGCAUGCAAAUCUGCGAAAUCAGGUCCCGGCAACCGCUACACGGAACUAACGGCAAUCCGACUUCGACCAAACUCGCGAAGACGCGUCACGGAAAGGGAUGCGGAAACUUGA